ACCGAUCGACAAUGACGGUUACCCGACACAUUGACCAUCAUCGAUGGCCAUGUCGCAGUGCAUAAAAUGGAGCCUCGCUCGAAUUCUGUGGCUGCCACAAUAAAUCUUUCGUAGUUGUCGCCGCAUCAUUGCCCACCUACAUUCUUAACUCCACAUUAUCAUCAUUUUUUUCUCUGAAAGUUGCAGGCUAGCAAGCAGUGCCCAUCAGUCAUGAACCAAGUUCGUCAUGCCACCCUAGAACUGUUAGAUCUGCCCGUCGAAAUCCUCGUAUACAUACUCAGCCAUCUGGAUGGCUACGAACUAGCGCGAGCACGUCAAGUAUGCCACGAUAUUCGACACACGAUCGACUCUUCCUCGGAGUUGUUAUAUCCGAUUGACCUCAAGUAUUUCAACUCGAUUCCAGUCCCUUCACCUGGCCCAGAUCACACCGUCUCAUCGCUUCACAAAUCACUUCGACAAAGCGAAUCUGCAUGGCAGAAAGCCGAAUAUUUCAAAAGUAAUCCCGUCUCCAUACCGCAUGCGUAUAUCACCCAUGACGUGUUCAUGUGGUCUUGCGGUAUUCUGGCACUCGAUGUGCAGAAUGAAAAUCGACUAAGAUUUUUGCAGCCGCAAGUGACAGACCCUGAUCAUUCCAAUAGCACAAGCUUACGUGAAUGGGACUACCAAUUCGAUGGCGAAUUCCCACUCUGCGAUUUUUCACCCACACAAAACCUUUUGGUUUGCCUUGUCGAAGCAUCCCCAGGGGAAAGUCAUGCCUGUGAUAUUAUUUUCAGGUCGCUUUCAGAGCCUGAUGAAGUCCAUCCUGAAGCUGGAUCCGCUGUGGUGAAAACCAUCGACAAAGAGGUCGACUUCGAAUCAUUGGACCCCUCCACUGUGUCAUUCUCCAUUUUCGGGAAUUAUUGUGGUAUUUUGUUCAGUGAGGUUCUCAACGCAGAUAGUGACCCGGUCGAAAUUUUGCAAAUUUGGAACUGGAAGUCAAAGGACGUUUCUCUGUGCCUCAAGCCGGCUCAUGAAAUUCUGCAUUUCAGUUUUCUAACAAACGAAACAAUUCUCGUCGUCAACAGCGAGGAACUACUGUUAUAUUCCCUCGUUGAUUUCCCCAAUGCUCUCCAUCUUACUGCCAAAUUCUCGCUCCCUGCCUUGCGGACACCCUUUGAAUAUGAAACAAUCCGUAUCAAGGACUCCAUCUCGUCCCAUUCCCGCAUGCAUGAUCAUAUCAUCAAUAUCAACAUGAAGAUUGUUGGGGACCGCCACAGCGUCGCUUCAAGUUGUGUCGCACUGUAUGUUGAGCGCAACACCCUGUUAGAACUCCAGUCAGCCUACACGCGCCGAUAUGGAAAAGCAAGCGACAGUUCCCCUAGUUUGCCUUGGUCUGAAUGGGGGCUAAAACAUACUCGAUUCUUCAGAGGAGACUUGCUCGAUUCUUGCAAAAAUGUCGUCUUUGGUUUACGGGCUGUAUCUUUUCUCGGCUCCCAGAUAAUGCAUCCUUUGCCGCGACCACUGUGUAUCCGCGAUUUCAACCCUCAUCGAGUAGCGGACUUCAAGGCUGGGAAUGGCAUUAGAUGGAAUCAACAACUCAUCGAGGGCAACUUAUUGGAUUCAAGUGCGGAUAUGUUCCUCGAGCCACUUGGAUCUGGACUUCCGUAUAUCGAGACUAUCACUGAAGAGGAGUUCCUUGGAUCCGAGUUAAUAGUGGAAGGAAACAAGGUGAUGGUGCUAUCCUUCGAUUUCGUGGGCAGACUUAAGAGCCCGACGCUACCGGAUGACCCGCAUAUUGUCGAGAAUGAACCUGUGAGCCAGAGCAUCGAGAUACUUAAUUUCGACUAGUUAUUUAUCUCAAGCUUCAUGUUACUUGAGCCUUUCAAUUCAUUUUGCGUCUUAUUUGCGCGUUGCGUA